AGUCCUUACUUUUAAUUUAUUCUCUUUCCGUUCGUUCACUGGACAUCAUUUCACCGCGCUAAAGCAACACGCUUAUGUUUUUACUUCCCUGUCAGGAUAAUUCUGCUUUCAACAAUUUAUUCACAAUCUUUGCAAGACUUAAUUUGCUAGGCUUUCUUCAAGAGACACUUUUUUGCUGAAAGUUGCAAAAUUUCAGAUCUUAAGAUAAGACUAGACUAGUGACAUGUCGUUAACACCGAAUUAACCUUUCGUGUGUUUUAGACGUGGAUCCACGUUCGAAAAAUCUUUACCCUCGUGUGCCUAAGCGUGGAUCCACGUCCAAAACUAACAAACUUUUUAAAUGCGAUUUUGUUCUCUAUUCUUUGGACUUUUGGGUAAAUUUUUUUUUGCAACGAAAACGUACUGAAUGAAUCUGUCACGGGCGGCCAUUAGACUGAAUGGAUUUCGUCAUGGGAAUGGGAUCGACAAGUAAAAACAAGUGCAUUCUGGUGACACGUGCGACCGGUGAAAUUCCUUUUGUGUGAUUCUCACGAAAAUAAACAACUGAAUUCAUCAUGGUUGUGGUCCUGGAUCUUGACCGGUUUUUGCAUAAACGCGACUAUAUUUCUUGCUAUAAAGGAGAGUGUAUGUGGCCAUGGGAGGAAACCCAUUUCUUGCGGGAAAAUAUUUGUCAUAUUUGCCACACGGAAGUUAAUAACUCCAUAAGGCACUUCCGUGUCAUCAUGAGUAGAAAUACAAUUCGUCGGCUUCUACUAUCAAAUUUUUUCUGGUGCAAAUGUGGUUAUAGUGUAUAUGAUCACUAUCCCCCAGACGAAUGUUGCUCAUAAAUUCUUAAUUUUAAUUUGAUUCUUUUUUUAAAUUCAUUGAUCAGAUCAUUCCAAGAAGAAUAUGUUUUUAUUUUCAAAAAUAAAAUUGAUUUCUUAAUCAAAUUAACUCAUUUUCUCUACGUGGACACAAGAAGGUACUAGGCAAGAUCUACGUCGUCCAAUAAACUAUUAAAUGGCAUAAUUGACUAACUGGUAAUGGAGCCAGACCGAAUUAUUGACGACGUCGGGCUUCCCGAAGCCAGCACUUCAAAAAGUGUGGGUACCGGAAGACAUUUUCCCGAUGACGACGAUUAUGAUUGGCAGCCUAAUCAAAGGCCUCAUGACCUUGAUAUGUCUUAUUCCGAGAUACUCAGUGGGCCAUUAGGCGAGGAGCUAAGAGUGGAUUCGGGCAGUGAGGAAGAGGAGGAACCUAUGUCGCUGGAGGAGCUUCGAGCUAUCCUGGAAGAGACAGCCGAAGAUGUUGAGGAAGAUCCCGAAGAACACGAGAGGCUGUCUGAAUCUUUCAAUUGGUCAAGCGAUUAUAGUACAUUUAGAGGUCAACCGGAAGUUUAUUCCCAGGCAGGCGAGCGAGGUCCCAAUAUUAAGGAAACAGAUCCUCUGAAGCUAUUCACUCAUGUUUGGGAUCACGAUAUAAUGAACAGUAUUGUGGCACAGACCAACGAGUAUGCCUGGCAAACGAUAGCGCAAGCAUCCGAGUUACCGGACGGUAUCUCGGCGCAUUCUCGAUUAAAUGAUUGGGUAGAAACCACUACUGAUGAGCUGUACAAGCUCUUUGCGGUGAUGAUUUUUAUGUCGCUGAUGGUCGCAGGACGUGUGAGUGAAUACUGGAGCACGGGUACCCUGGCCAUGCCAGGUUUUCGUAAACUUAUGAGUAUAAAACGGUACUGGCUACUCAUGCGUUUCCUGCACUUUGUCGAUAACAAUACUAUCAGUGUUCAUGGUUCCGAUCGUAAAGUUGCUAAGAUACAACCCAUCAUUGACCAUUGUAAUAAAAAGUUUAAUAGCAUGUACACGCCUCGCAGAGAAAUAAGCAUUGACGAAUCGUUGCUGCUUUUUAAAGGACGCUUGAGUUGGAUUCAGUGUAUCCGUACAAAAGCAGCACGGUUUGGUAUCAAAUUUUAUGAACUUUGCGAGGCGGUUACAGGCUAUUUGCUCAAAUUUGAGGUUUACACGGGAAAAAAAUAUCCACAGACAGGGGACUCUGCGGAGGACUCCUUGUAUGGCUUUACGAGCGCAAGUGCGAAAGUGGUGCUAAGGCUCAUGCAAAGAUUCCUCAACAAAGGUCACUGUCUUGUAAUGGAUAACUUUUAUAAUUCAGUUACUUUGACACGAUUUUUAAAGUUGAAUAAGACCGAUGUCAUCGGAACUCUGAACAGGCGAAGAAUGGGGACACCGAGGGACAUACAAAUUCUCAACGAAAGGAAACUUCAAAAAGCAGCAGUGGUAAGUAGACACUGUGGUGACGUAUUAUUUGUAGAAAUUUAUUUAUUUGAAACAACUAUUCUAAAAUGACACUGUGUUACCACUUUACAUUUCAUUUAAAGAAAAUGAGAGAAUAGGAGACUUUUUCUUACUGUGACAAGCAUAAGUGGGUCCAAAAACUAACUAACAUCGGUACUAUGAUAAACUUCUUCUUCUUCUCUACUUUCUGUAAAAAGAUAUAGAUAAAUUUAAGUAACAAAGUCUAUCGUCUAUAGUCUUCUACCUCGAUGACAAUAGACAAUAUCGAAUGUUUGGGUAUUGGCAAAUAUUGAUACCGCCAAUUAAACCUUAUUGCAAAAUCAUUAUCCAACUAAUGAAUCGUAUAACUAAUUAAAACAAAUCAAGAAUUGAAAAGUAGGUAUAGAUAAUAUUAAAAUAACUUAUAUUAUAAAUUAGGUAUAAACUUUUAAUUAUGUACCCUGAAAAGUUUAUUUAGCCAGUCUAUGCAUAGACAUAUUCACAACAUUUAUUUGACUCUAUUAUUGACCUUUUAUUCUUUUUUGUAAGUUAACGUACAUUAUAUUAGCAUAUUACCUGCGCCGUACCUGCAAAGUCGUUUUUUGAACGGUUGUACACAAACAGGUUUAUUUGCAAAGGCAAUAGUAGUAGAUGAAUGACCCAAGACGUCAUUGUAAAGAUAAAACUACACUCAAUCUUGACUCAUACAUCAUAAGAGUAAAUUAUGAGAAUGGACUAAGUUAUGCCCCGGUGUCAUAUAAAAACAAAACGUCAGACAAAAACUUGGUUCGAUCACCGAGUCAUGCAAUUUAAUACACGG